AUGGUCGAAGAGGCCGCCCGAGAAUGGGAAUGUUGCGUUAAUUUGCGAUUUGAAUUCGGUCACCCGGAAUGGAACUCUGAUGUUCGUAUUUCAUUUCACCCCAUCCACGCUCGCCAUGGCAUAGGGUCCUCGUGGUCUGACUUCGGAACCGAUGCUCUGACGUCUUCUUAUGCAUGCAACAUGUAUCUGGAUGUUCAGUACAGAGCAUUGACACGCGGCACAGUGCUCCAUGAGUUUGGACAUCUCCCGGCUUUCGACCAUGAUCAUCAGUCUCCUAAAUCAAUCAUCAAGGGAACAAGACGGCUGUCGCCAUGGAACUCCGACACAGAACGUCCCGCUUUCUGGAAGACAACUACUUUCACACCUUUCAAGGCCCUGAUAUUGAAUGUACAGCUUUUGAUCCAACAGUCCCAUGAUGUACGGUAUUCCUGUGAGGUGGACGCUGAAUUGGCAGACGUACCACAAGCCUACUGUUCUUUCCGAAUCGGACAAAUCUUUCGCCGCUCACCAGUACCCAUUCGCACCACCUCGCCAACCAACACCACCACCACAGCAAGUAGCACUACCUCGCGUAUGGGAAGUGUCUUGCCAGUGCGGAGCCACACUCAGCCAACCGUAUAA